CCACGUCAGGUCAUGUGACCGAGUGGGCUGUCCAAGAUGGCGUCUGUUAUUCGAUUUUUUUUUCUCGCCGAAGUCUGACAGAAAUUAACUGGGUUUUAAAAUAAAUUAGAUGUUUUAAAAGAGUACUCGAUAAAGACAAGCGGUCCUGGUGUAUUUGUAUUUUGUGUAUGUCGGUUGUAUUGGCUGCUGUUAUGUUUUAUUCUGUUGAAAUGCUGAGAAAGUUUUGAUUUGUUGUGAACGAUGGCACUUCGGGAGUUGAAGGUUUGUCUGCUUGGGGACACUGGGGUUGGUAAAUCAAGUAUUGUAUGGAGAUUUGUGGAAGAUAGCUUUGAUCCUAAUAUCAAUCCAACUAUUGGAGCAUCCUUUAUGACGAAAACUGUGCAGUACCAGAGUGAGCUACACAAGUUCCUCAUCUGGGACACAGCGGGGCAGGAGAGGUUCCGGGCCUUGGCACCAAUGUAUUACAGAGGGUCUGCUGCUGCUAUCAUUGUGUAUGACAUCACAAAAGAGGAAUCUUUCCAGACACUAAAGAACUGGGUGAAAGAACUGAGACAGCACGGGCCUCCCAAUAUUGUUGUUGCAAUCGCAGGAAACAAAUGUGACAUUGCCGAUGCAAGGGAAGUGCUUGAAAAGGAUGCCAAGGACUAUGCAGAUUCCAUCCAUGCUAUCUUUGUGGAAACAAGUGCCAAAAACGCCAUUAACAUUAAUGAGCUCUUCUUAGAAAUAAGUCAGAGGAUUCCGUCUGCUGAUUCCAGUGCUGGAGCAGGAGGCAAGGGAUUCAAACUUAGGAGGCAACCGUCCGAGACCAAGCGCAGAUGCUGCUGAGGCCUUCCAGAAGCAGAUCCGUGGUCGCCACCACGCAAGCAGGAGCGUUGUAAAGCCGUCUCCACAUUAAAAUCUCUGUUUCACAGCGUCUAAAAAGAGCUCUACAGUAUUUAAUCCUUCAUGCUUUUCAGGAGCCAUCUACACAAAGUCCCAACAAGCAAACUGACUCGUCUUCUAUCCAAGGAGAAAAGAUUUUUAGAAUUUUUUUUUUCUGUUUUUAUCUAUAAGUAAUUGUCCCUCGGUGUUGUACAUGGCUUGUGAAGUCGAGGCUCAACAAGCUUCUGAAAACGGAAAUGCAGAUUUGUUUCCCUCAUCCCAAUGGGCUAGUGUAGCAGGUUUGCAUCCAGCUUUUCACACGUCAGGAAUAACGAGAGUGCUAGAAGACUGCUAACGCCUUUUCAAAUCUUAAAAUGAAAUAACAAAAAGAAAAAUACAGAAGCAUUUUAAAACAUAGCCCCUCAUUUAGUGCUCCUAAACUGAAACCCAAUCCUGGCAGCAGAAUGCACCGUGGCGCUUUGUGAUGGGGAGCUGAAUGCUUUGCAUGUGCUCCAAAUUCCUGAUCCGCAAAGGACUGGGAUCGGACUGAGACUGGAUUUCUUUCGUUGAGAAGAAAGAAAGACCAUGACAAGAUGGUAACUUCAUUGAAUUGUGCCAAGACCGAUAAAUCCUUUGAACUGAGCAGUGUGCUUUAUAGAUGUAGACACAGUGUUGUUAUGUUUAUGCAAAAGGGAAAUGUAAUGUAAUGCAAGCACUUUUAAAGAUGCCAGUGAAUUAUUUUAAAGUUGAGCACCCUGUAGCCCUCCCACACCAGAUUGCACGGGGCCGUGUCCCGGGGGGCUUCAACGUGUCCUCUUCGAGUGUGUGUGCAUGCUAACCCCUGAGUGAUCCUGGAAGUACCUGCACAUGCCUGCAUUGGGUGGUACUUCUGUUGUGUUGUGUUCAUGCUUUCUAAUGUACCACAUACAGGAGCCACAUUUGUCUCUUAAAUAACCCAGGAAUAAGUCUUUAUAAUAUCUGUUGCCAACAUGUGAGUCUUAUUUCCAUUCCUGUCCUAAUAAGUAUUUGGCAGUCUGGUUUGAUUGUUUUUUUCUUAAUUAGUUCCGUGCAGGAUAUUUGGCAGCCCUGUCCUUUACAAGACCAGCAGCCUGGAGCUGCAAAGCUGUGUUCUCAAUUUCACUUUGUUCUGGGAUGCUCGCACUUUGAACCCCUGUGAAGCUCUUUAAGGAAUAACAGCAGUGUGGUUAAAAGUGUUUCCAGCCCAAUUCAUAGUAACCACUGGGACUAAUACCAGCGUUUUAAAAGUCCAGUUUUAACCAUUGUAUAUACAUUGGCAAGCCUAUUCUUAGAUCCCUUGCUGUUUCUUUACAGGAGAUGUUGAUUUACUGAGGUGGUGCCAGUCCCUUAAUUGUUCUAUAAACUUUCUUUUUUCUAAAAAAGUGUUGGCUUAUAAUUCCGAUCAAAAUAGUUUUUGAUGCUGGCAGGAGAUAAAAAACAAAACAAAAGGGUAAAGUGGCUUGGGAAGAAAUAUAAUGGUCUUGGACUGGAGAUCAAAUCAAUUUUUAUUUAUUUAUUUUUUUACCAAUAAGGUUUUCUUGCAGUUGUGGCAUUUUAAAAAGCACGGCAAACAUUUUAGGAUCAUCUUGUAUUUAUCUUCACCGCCCGAGUUAAACACUAAAUUAAAAUAGACAUCUCCUUAAAUCAGCUUUCACUGAAUGCUUUGAGGUUGGCAGACUAUUAUUACAAUUUCAUAUAAUAUGGGACUUGUAAGACCUGCGAUUAAUCGACCGUUCAUUAAUUCAAAUCAAUGAGUCCUCAUUUGAAAGAAACAGACCAGUGCUUUUGGCUGCUCCGGGUGGGCUAGUGAAGGAUCUAUGUUUGUAACAGCUUGCUCUUUGUUGAUUAAACAUGGAUAUUUGUGAUUGUGUUCACAUACUGUGUAAGGAGGUCCUGGUGGCAUUUCAGUUUUUUUAAUCAUGGUACUGACUGGCAUCUGUAAUGUGGUGUUACAAUGAUGCUGUGGUGAUGAGUACAGUAUGUCAGCUACAUACGACCACGUUUUUAGAAUGAGGAGGGAAGUAAUUCAAAACGAUUGCCUUUUAAUUUAGUGAAAGUGAAGCUGCGCAUGUCCGCAGCCUUUCACCUGCCAAAUAAAACACAGCCUUGAGUCGACUGUACAUGCAUGUCUCUGUCUGCCAGCAGAAUAUCAGAUUCGUUUUUAGAUCCAGCGACACAGUGCACCUUUUCCGAGUCUGUAUGAUUUCAGUUCAUCAUUGACAGGCUGGUUUAGAAGGUCAGUACUGUCCCUUGGUGUUCACGCUUGUAAAUAUGAGUUGCCACUCCUCAGAGUUAAUGCAGUUCACUUCUGUUAAAUUAGCUGUUUGCAUGAUGCACAGAGACUGACCAAAACCCUUUACAAAAAAAAAAAAAAAAAAAAAGCUGUUUUAAUGAGGCUUGGAAAGAGCAUUAAAUGCAUUUUAAUGACUGUGUUCAGCAAUACCAGAGGGGUCUUGUGUGUGCCCAGUGUGUACAAACGAUUGUACGGGAUGAAUCCAGGCACUUGUUCUGUGUGAUUAUGGGUUUUCCUUUCUGUGAAUCUGAGAUGCUUGUGUUAGGAGUCUGUUGUAGUGCCAAUAUGUGGAUUUAAAAGCACAAAAAAGACCUGGCAUGAGUGUAAAGCCUAAAUGCUGUCACGCCCAGGAUCCAUAAAACACUUCUCCUCAUGCGUUUCAGAGCUUGAAACCACUCCACUAAAUAGCUUUGGUUGCUGUCGUUUUUAAUGCACCUAAAAAGCAUCAAAUUGAAAUGGUUGCUAAAUUAAUUUUGUACCUUUAAAUUGGGAUAAAGAAACGGCUCCCUGUGUGGAGUGACAUGAAUUGUGUUCAAAGAUACUUUCAGCCACGUUCUGCUUAAGGGACAAUUACAGACAUCAGUUACCCCGAGUGGCUCACCUGGUAAAAACACAGCCGUGUGGUGUGCAGGGUGAGUCACACAGCGCAGGACUCCAAUUCAACCACCUUUUUAUCUUAGGAGGGUAACCAUUUUCUGCAAAUUAAAAAUAAGAGCAGCGUAUUAUUAAAACCCAAAUAAAUACGGAUGAGCAUUGAAUCCUUUUUUUAUUGCAUCUAAACAUUAUUAUUAUUAUUAUUAUUAUUAUUAUUAUUAUUCCAAGUUUAAAAGUGAUUUGAAUUGGUCAUUGUAAAUGUUCUUUCUGUAUGAAUGUUUUAUUUUGAUUUGACCCGGGGGGGGCGACACUUCUGUCCUGCUGUGCCAAGUUUUAAAGGGUGUGGUUUGUCAUGUUGAAGUGCAAUGGCAGGUCGCUACGAUUUCAUUGUGUCGUAGCAACGUCAUGUUCUGUGCCUCUAUAUUGUAGCCUGUACAUUAAACCGCUUCGAGCAGUGUUGCAUGCUGUAACUGACGGCUGCAGCUUCAAUGCAUGAAAUCCGGCGCUAUCGCUUGGGAUAUUUAGUAUUGUAGUUUAGGAGAGUGUGCCAGUCUUCAGUGAAAACGAGUGAGUUCUCUUAAAGGUUCUUGGGCUGGUCCUGAGACAAUGUAGUAACUCCAUUAGAAGUCUUAUUGUUUUAAUUGUAGAUGCAAAAACAAUUCAUAAAACCACAUCUGAUGAAAUUUCUGUAUUACACGGAUUUGUAUCGUUAUUAGUUUUUGCAGAGGCACGACAACAGAAAGACCUUUCCUUAACUUCACCUAUACGUUUUGUCAUACUGAGCUUUCAUAUUUUUACAUACUGUAUCGAUUGUAAAAAAAAAAAAAAGCGCUUGAAAUCACUGCGUUUACUGUGUAUUUCUGAAUGUGCAAAAGGGAAAUGUUAUACAGUUUACUAAUAAAUCCAUUUGUAAAAUACA